AUGAGCGCUGAGAGCAUGGAGGUGCGGUGGCUCCAGCCUGGGUUCUCUUCCUACGUGCACUUGUACCGAGGUGGACAGGAUCAGGAUGGGCAGCAGAUGCCUGCAUAUCGGGGCAGGACUCAACUUGUGAAGGACGACCUCAGCGAUGGGAGCGUCUCUCUGAGAAUACGCAGCAUCCGACGCUCUGACCAUGGGCUGUACACCUGCUUCGUCCAGUCCAAUGACUCCUCAGGUGACGCUCUGUUGGAGCUGCAGGUGACAGGUCCCUAUUUCCCAUGGGCGGUGGCUCUGGCCGUGAUUCUGCCCCUUGUCGUUCUCCUGGGCAGUUUCUGCCUCUGGCGGCAGCACCGUGUGACAGCAAAGUAUGAAGCAAUGAAAGAAUUUGCCGGAGCCCGACAAUAUGCAGUCUCUCCAGUGGACGUGACUCUGGACCCGGACACGGCUCAUCCCAACCUCGUCCUGUCUGAGGAUCGGAAAUGUGUACAACACAGAGACACCCGACAGCAUGUGCCCGACACCCCGGAGAGAUUUGAUCCUUGUCCCUGUGUCCUGGGCUCGGAGGGGUUCACGGGCGGGAGGCGCUACUGGGAGGUGGAGGUGGGAGACAAGACAGAGUGGUACGUAGGCGUGUGCAGGGAGUCUGUGCGCAGGAAGCGGGGGAUCACGCUGUCACCUGGCCGUGGAUACUGGGUCGUGUGGCUGGAAGAUGGAGGACACAAGCCCUGCACCUCCCCCUGGACCCCCCUCCCCGUGCGCGUGCACCCCAGGCGGGUGGGGGUUUUCCUGGACUACGAGGGAGGCGAGGUCUCAUUUUACAAUGUGACCAACAGGUCCCAUCUCUUCACUUUCACUGACACCUUCUCCGGGACCCUGCGCCCUUUCUUCAGUCCUGGUCUCAAUGCUGGGGGCACCAACGUGGCUCCCCUGACCCUGUGCCCGGUCCCAGCCCAGCCCUGAGGGAAUCCCUGUCCCUGCCAUGACCCGCGGGGGGCACAGACUGUCCCCUCCCCGCGCCCCGACUGCCAGCCCCUCGGCGUCCCCAGGGUGGGGGGCAGGCUGGCGGGUCAGGGCUGGGGUCUCCAACACAGGAGCUGCUCCAGCCUGGACCCUGGUGCUGCCCAGGCCCAGGUGUCAUCUCCCAAUCCCCAAAUGCAGGGGCGAUGCUUAGGGGCUGCACACAGGUGCACGUGCACUCCCUGAGCAUUGCAGUGCACUCCCUGCAAAAAGGUGCCACCGACACUGUUCGCAGUUUCUGCAGGCAGUCCAUGAUCAGCCCUGGCUGCCACUGAUGCUGCUGGCGAUGCCUGUGGGUCUUCACUGACCCCAGGUCAGCACUCACCCCCACCCCCGCCCCUGCCGCCAACAGUGCCAACAGCAUCUUUGAGAGCUCCCCACUAACCACCACUGGGGUGCAGCAGCCGCCGAUGGAGCCGUGCUCUCCCCAGCCACUGGGGGCAGGUGCCAUACAUGCCCACACGCAUAGCACCCCCCUGGGAGGGACUGUCUCCAAACUCUCAUCCUUCACUAACAUCACUACAAUCACUUUGGGGGUUUUAUUUUGUUAAUUUGCUUGCCUCUCUCAGCACUGUUUCCCUUCCCCCCUGACCCCAUCCUCUCCCCUCCUCUUCUCUCCCCUCCCACUAUUCCCUUUUAUAUUUAAAAUAAAUACCUUUGCAUUGUA